AUGCAAGACGAUUAUCACGGAACUGCUGGUUCCAAUCAGGAAGACUCUGGUCUCAGGUUGAAUCUCUACGGAGAUGUGGCUGAGACUGGUUUCCCUUGCGAUUCUUCAGACGGCACUCGGGGCCUGUUUCCAGCUUCGGAUUUCCUCAACUCUACGCAUCAGUCAAACAACUUGGUCAACAAUGGCUUUGCAAGCUUUCCAGUCUAUCAAUCGAAUAUGGAGGAUGUGCAAGCUUUUGUUCUCGAUGUAGAGGGAACUCCGAAUGAAUAUGGAAUGAAUUGGGGCACUCAAGCACUUCAACAAGGCAGCCCGCAUUUAAACACCAGCAUCGCUGCCAACGUCCCAGCUCAAAGCAUGGCAGUACAAACAACUGUCCCAACCACUUCGGUUCCUCAACGCAGAAUCCCGUGUACCAACGUGUAUUGCAGCAAAGCUUCACUAGACACACUGAUCAUCUCCGCCACGAAAGAAGGUUCCACUCAGGACACAACACCUCAUUUUUCUGCACCGUACCAGGUUGCUGCAAAGUCCACGGAACUGGAUUUCACGGAUACAGCCGACGUGACAAGCUGA